CGGCGGGAGGCGCCCUGGCGGAGGCGCGUCUGUGCUGCUGACCUGCACGAGCCAGACCAUGAGUGUGCUUUCGGCGGCGUCGCUCGCUGGCCCGCUGUUCCUGAGGUUUUCGUAAGCCAGCCCCGGUGGAGCCGCCCCCAGAUUUGUCCACAAGUGGUUGUGGAAAAGAUGGCUGAUAUUAACCUCAAAGAAGUAACUUUAAUAGUAGGUGUGAUUACUGCCUGCUAUUGGAACAGCCUCUUCUGUGGUUUUGUUUUUGAUGAUGUUUCAGCAAUACUGGAUAAUAAAGACCUACAUCCAUCUACACCUUUAAAAACUUUAUUUCAGAAUGACUUCUGGGGAACCCCUAUGUCUGAGGAGAGAAGCCACAAGUCUUAUCGUCCCUUAACAGUAUUGACAUUUCGCUUAAAUUAUCUGUUUAGUGAACUGAAACCCAUGUCAUACCAUCUUCUAAAUACAGUUUUUCAUGCUGUGGUUAGUGUGAUAUUUCUUAAAGUGUGCAGACUUUUUCUGGACAACAGGAGUAGUAUGAUUGCCUCUCUACUUUUUGCAGUACACCCAAUACACACAGAAGCAGUAACAGGUGUUGUAGGAAGAGCUGAACUUUUGUCAUCCAUCUUUUUUCUGGCUGCUUUUUUGUCAUAUACCAAAUCAAAAGGACCCAACAAUUCCAUAGUGUGGACUCCAAUUGCUUUGACAGUGAUUUUAGUUGCCAUUGCAACACUGUGUAAAGAACAAGGAAUAACAGUUGUGGGAAUUUGCUGUGUGUAUGAAGUAUUUAUUGCCCAGGGGUAUACUUUGCCAUUAUUAUGUGCUACUGCUGGGCAGUUUCUCCGUGGAAAGGGUAGUAUUCCAUUUUCUAUGCUGCAGACACUAAUAAAACUCAUUGUUUUGAUGUUCAGUACACUAUUACUUGUUGUGAUUAGAGUCCAGGUUAUUCAGUCCCAACUUCCAGUAUUUACCAGGUUUGAUAACCCAGCUGCUGUAAGCCCAACUCCCACAAGGCAGCUAACUUUUAACUACCUCCUUCCUGUAAAUGCUUGGCUUCUUUUAAAUCCUUCAGAGCUCUGCUGUGAUUGGACCAUGGGAACAAUACCACUUAUAGAGUCAUUUCUGGAUAUUCGAAAUCUUGCCACGUUUACUUUCUUUUGCUUAUUGGGAGCUUUGGGAAUAUUCAGUCUCAGAUACCCUGGUGAUUCCUCUAAGACUGUUUUAAUGGCACUUUGUUUAAUGGCGUUACCAUUUAUUCCUGCAUCGAACCUUUUUUUUCCAGUUGGAUUUGUUGUUGCUGAACGAGUAUUGUAUGUUCCUAGCAUGGGGUUCUGUAUUUUAGUAGCCCAUGGAUGGCAGAAGAUAUCAAACAAAAGUGUAUUAAGAAAGCUAUCCUGGGUUUUCCUCUCUGUGGUGAUAUUCACUCAUGCCUUAAAAACACUCCACAGAAAUUGGGAUUGGGAAUCUGAAUAUACAUUGUUUAUGUCAGCCUUGAAGGUAAAUAAAAACAAUGCCAAGUUAUGGAAUAAUGUGGGUCAUGCUCUGGAAAAUGAAAAGAAUUUUGAGAGAGCUUUGAAAUACUUCUUGCAGGCUACCCAUGUUCAGCCAGAUGAUAUUGGUGCCCACAUGAAUGUAGGAAGAACUUACAAAAAUUUAAAUAGAACCAAAGAAGCUGAAGAAUCUUACAUGAUGGCAAAGUCACUGAUGCCCCAAAUUAUUCCUGGCAAAAAAUAUGCAGCCAGAAUUGCCCCUAACCACCUAAAUGUUUAUAUCAAUCUGGCCAACCUGAUCCGAGCAAAUGAAUCACGACUGGAAGAAGCAGAUCAGCUAUACCGACAAGCAAUCAGCAUGAGGCCUGACUUUAAGCAGGCUUACAUUAGCAGAGGAGAAUUACUUUUAAAAAUGAAUAAACCUCUCAAAGCAAAAGAAGCAUAUCUCAAAGCACUUGAGCUGGACAGAAAUAAUGCAGAUCUUUGGUACAACUUGGCAAUUGUUCAUAUUGAACUUAAAGAACCAAAUGAAGCUCUAAAAAAUUUCAAUCAUGCUUUAGAACUAAAUCCAAGACAUAAACUAGCAUUAUUCAAUUCUGCUAUAUUAAUGCAAGAAUCAGGUGAGGUGAAACUUAGACCUGAAGCUAGAAGACGACUUCUAAGCUAUAUAAAUGAAGAGCCACAAGAUGCAAAUGGUUAUUUUAAUCUAGGGAUGCUUGCCAUGGAUGACAGAAAGGACAGUGAAGCAGAGAUGUGGAUGAAGAAAGCCAUAAAAUUACAAGCUGACUUCAGAAGUGCUUUGUUUAACCUGGCUCUCCUGUAUUCUCAGACUGCAAAGGAAUUAAUGGCUUUGCCAAUUUUGGAAGAAUUACUCAGAUACUAUCCUGAUCAUAUCAAGGGUCUCAUAUUGAAGGGAGACAUUCUGAUGAAUCAAAAGAAGGAUAUACUUGGAGCAAAAAAAUGUUUUGAAAAGAUUUUAGAGAUGGAUCCAAGCAAUGUUCAAGGAAAACAUAAUCUUUGUGUGGUUUAUUUUGAGGAAAAGGACUUACUAAAAGCUGAAAGAUGUCUGGUUGAGACAUUGGCAUUAGCACCACAUGAAGAAUAUAUUCAGCGUCAUUUGAAUAUAGUCAGGGAUAAAAUUUCCUCAUCUAGUUUAAUAGAACAGCCAGUGUUCCCAGCUGGUAAGAUUUCAGGUGUAGAAGAAGAAAAAAUUCCAAUUGAAAAUGUAAAAGAAAUCAGAUUUGAAGCCAAACCUACACAGAUAGUAAAAACAAGUGAUAAUAAAAGUCAGUCUAAAUCCAAUAAACAAUCAGAAAAAAAUACAGACAAAGAGACCCCCCACAAAACAACAAAAGAAAUCAAAGAAAUUGAGAAGAAAAGAGUCGCUGCUUUGAAAAGAUUAGAAGAGAUUGAACGUAUUUUAAAUGGUGAAUAGCAUUGCUCUUCAUCAUGUGGCAAUGGUUUUCAAAGAACUUUGAUUUAUAUCAUGUGAUUGCUUGUAAUGGAAGCUUUGAAAAAUAGAAGGACACACAACAGUCUAUCAUGAGCUGCAUAUAUAUAUAUAUAUAUAUGUAUAUAUAUAUAUAUAUAUGUAUGUGAUGAAAAUAAGAUUUUUGUUGAAGACCUGUCUAAUCCCAGGAUAUGCAUUAAAUUUUAAAUAUGGCAGUAAUUUUCUGAGUUUUGUGAAUUUAGCAAAACUAUUGCAUUAUAGGUGGAAAAUUUUUAUCUUUUAUUAUAGAAGAAUGUUUUUCCAGCAGAAUAAUCUUUACUGCUCAGUUAAAAAUAAUCUAAAUUCUUGUGGGGUCAGAACCAACAUGUACCAAUUUAUCUUAUGAAUUCCAUUUAUUAGCUGAUUGCAUUUUCCCUUCACUUAUUGGAAUCUGGCUGUGGAUUGAAAAUACUAAGUGAACACAUUCUUUUUCUUCAGCAACCUGUUUAACCAAGGGUCUGUGUAUUACAAAAGAAUACUGGCUUCCUUUGUAUUGUAUUCUUCUGUUGAUUCUUAGGAUUUAGAGGAAACAUUCUUUAAAAAAGUCGUGACAUUUUAGCUUAAGAAUGUAUUUUCAUGAUUGUGUUUUUAGUCCUUAAAUCUCUCCUAAAUGCAGUUUUUAAUCAGGUACGUUUUUAAAUGUGCAUGUGUGCAUACACAGACGUUACUAAUGGUGCUCAUAUAUACUGUAUUUUUGUUUUUUUACGUGAUGUAAGUUUCACAACAUGAACCAUGCAGUCAUGGCUAUCUUUGACUUUUAUUCCCCAAACUAUUCAUGUUUCUUAGGGUCAUAAUCAUAUUGAGAAGUCCCAUUAGCUAUAACUACAUUCAAACUUCUGAAUUAAAACAAAGUUUUUCUUUCAUCUUAGUGUUCUCUCUCUAGUGUUAUUUGAAUUUUAAUUAUAUUUUCCAAGACCCCAUCUUAGUUAGUUGUACUUUGCACAACUAAAUUAAGUUCUGUUUAACUAAAGGUGAAACAUGUAACAGUUUAUUUUUAAACACUAAGUUCUUGAUAUUUUAUCAUGGUGUAUGUUUUUAUUAAAUAUUUAUUUUGACUACUGAGCUUCCAUAAAAGUAUAAAGCUGUUUUAAGUCUUAUCAAGUAUGAAAAACAAAUUGUUGUUGCAUUUUCCUAAAUGUGCAUAUAUUAUGGUUUAAACAAAUUUCAUCAUUUUUGGCCUACUGUCCACCUAUGAGAUAUACACGGUAACUGGUAUAACAUGGGUUUAAUAAAUUGGUCAGUUGGCUUUUGUAGAUUUGAACGUGAAAACUGUUAGGUUGAAACUAGAUAUAAAUCAGAUUUAUUAAUCUAAAUCUGAUUUUGUUUUGGAUUAAUGUUUCAGAUCAGUUUUUUAUACCUUAAAAAGUUGGUUAUAAUUUAAAAUGUUAAAGCUCAAGCUAUCCUGGGAUAGAAACUAAUUUCUAAUAAUGUAGCAAAAACUGUAUUCCUUUGAGAUAACUAAUUUCUAAUUAUGUAUGUUUCAAAAACCAUAUUCCUGACAGUUUUUAAAAAUGUUUUAUAAAUAGGUCACAAGAAGCAGUAUCUGCAUUAAAGACCCACUCUCACUUGUUUCCUUGAGGACCUGUCAUAGAUUAUUUUUUAGGCAAUUUAAUGCAUGCACUGAUACCAAUGAGAGUUCAUUUUUGAUCCAGGAGCUUCUGAUAUUCUGUUAAGCAUUAAAGCAAUACUUAAUUUUAGUCCUUAAAUUAGAUUUCUUGACUCCAGAUAUAAAGUGGAGAAUACCUCAUAUACUGUGACUUGAAAAAUAAGAUCUAUGUUAUUCUUAUUUUCUCUCCACAUAUCUUGAGGAAAUGUAUCUGAGUGAUUUCUGUUAUAUAUCGAGUGAAGGCUAGUUCAGAAAAGCAGAAUGGAAAUCUUUAACGACAGCACACCAUAAUAAAAAAUUUUAGUAAUAUUUUAGUAAAGUUAUAUAUAACUAUUCAAGAGAUAAAAGAUAUAUUAAUGUUAUCCAAUGAUUUUUGUAGAAAAAAAGAAUUCCUUCUAAGCACUUAGAACUUAGUGCUCAUAUAUUUGAAUUUUAAGUAAUUUAUUUAAAUUAAACACACCCUAACUAAUUUUUUCAAAUCAAUGUUUCCCAAGCCUUACUUCAUUAUAGAAUCAUCUGGAGGGCUCUGAAUAAUAGACCCUACCCCACAAUUUGUCCACCCUUAAGUUUUCCCAAAAGCUCUUGAAGUUAUUCUAAAUUAUAGUCAGGAUGAAGUACAGUGAGUGUAAAUUAGUUUAAGAAAAUGUUCUCUCUCCUGUGUUAACUUUUUAAAUUAGUAACAUAGUCAAUUAAGUUUUGAUAUUGUGAGUUCCACUAAGGAAUAUGUUCUUUAGACAACUAGUAUUUAUUCCAUCUUAAAUUCCAUCAAGCUUGCUUGUAUUAUGAUUAAUUAUUUCAACUUAAAAUUGUGUUCAAGCUGAUAGGGUGAGAAUAGGUAAUAGUUUCUUUUUUUUUUUUCCUUUAGAACUGCCUUUUUGGGGAAAUGGAGGAUGGGGACAUUUAAGCACUGUUCACUAACCUACAGGUCAGAUUUGUCAGCGUCUAUCUGUACAUUUGGAAAAGAAAGCUGAUCUUAGUUUGUUGGUAAAAGGGUGUAGUUUUAGUUCUCUCGUAAAAAAGGAAUCUACUUCCCCAGAGUUCUAAAAAAGCUUUGACAAUCCCCAACGGGCAAUUAUAUACUCCUUCACUACUUCUCAGUAGGAAGAAUGUUUCACAUUGCUCCUAUAUGUUUUCUUAUUAACAUUCAGAAUUGGGAAUUUUAUAAUUAUUCCAGUGAGUAAUUUUCUGAAGGUGAUGACUUGGAGGAUACAACAAAUAUGUUUGCAAUUUUGUUCUGCAAUGUUUGUUUACUUUUAUGUAAAUAUUUAGUAUGUGAGUUACACAAUUCUAAUAAAUCUCAUGUUUUUUCAUUACAUAUAACUUGACCUCCCAAUUUCAUGUUAUACAAUGUUUCUUUAAAGACACUUAAAUGGAAAAUAUGAAAAUAUAUAGAUUUGUAUGUCAAUUUGUACUUCAGAAAUCCAUAUAUUUGUCAUUUAUUUUUUUAAGAACCUCCUAAUUAACAGCAUGACUAAGUGGUAUUGAAAUGAACCCCCUGCCCCAACCUCUCUGAUAUCUUUGUCCAAAAUUUUAUCUGUUGGAAGUUGUCAGCCAUCCAUAUUGAGGGUUCAUAAAAAAAUGGUUAUAAAUUGUAUGCAUUUUAUAUUUCUAUGGUGUGUGUGUAGCAUAUUUCUACAUAUUCAAAUUAAAUUGAUACUUUUUAAAACCUUAACCUGAAUUGCCUUUUUAGUGUUUAAAAUGAAAAGUACAAAAAUGUAUAAAGAUAUCUGCCCCAAAAAAGAAAGAACUGAUAGUUUUGUUAGCAGUGAUCUGAGAAAGAUGUCAAGGUGAUUUUUUUCUAUCCUGAAUGACAAGCUAAAUUAAGAAAAUGAGACAGUUAAACUCAGAUGUGGAAUUCUAUACAUACACACUAUUGGAAGUCAGUGUAGUAGAAUAUUGGGUUGUUGGAAAAGUCAUGACAUAUUUUUUUUCUAUGCAAAAAUGUGAUAAUGACUUUUAUGGAAAAAGUAUGAGUAAGAGACGUCUGGGUUCAAAUUCUGGUACCACCUUUACUAUUACAGUGUAGGACAAGUUAUUUAACCUCCAAUUCCCAUUUCCAU